CUCCCUCAAGGCUUGACGCUCGGUGCAGUCGAUGUCCUGUCCUUUGACUGCGAGCGAGCGAGCGAGCCGGGUGAACAUGCUGCUGUUCAUCCUGCUCACACUGCACAACCAACUGCUCACACAAAGGCCACUCACUCACUUGUCCUCAGCCCCGUCCCCCCCCCUCUUAUAUCUCACCGCCCCAAGUCACCUACCGCCCCCCUUCGCCCUCAGCAGCCCACUACACGAGGUGCUGACAUACAGCCUGCCUGCCGGGGCGUUAUCGUAUGGUCUAGUACUCGACGCACGACACACCUAGUCUUACACAGACUGGCCUCUUCCCAUCACCACCGCCCCACCCCCGUUCGUUCAUUGUCGUCGACGCAAUGGCUCAGUCCUCCGUCUCCCUUCCCCUCCCAAUGUUCCCCCAGCCCAAGUCGUUCGCUCAGCACCGGCGCAGGGUAUACACCAAGCCAGUGCUCACGCCGGCCACACAUGCCGAUCACCCGGUCGAUGUACCGGUGGACGCCUCCCCAUCAUCACCGGAGGACCAAGUCACCCCGGCGCCGGAACCGACAACCGCGGCGCUCCGCACAAGCCUAGAGGACCUCAAGAUCGUCUCGCUCGACUCGGAAGCAGCCAGCUCCCAAGCCACGCCGACGACUGCAGAUGUCUACCGUAUCCCGCAAAGGACGCCCGGGUAUUCAAGAGCGCCCCCGCCGACGCCGGUCCGCGGGCCGCCCGGCGCGCUCAAGCUGAGCACCGGUGCACCCCGGGACCGGGACAGGCGCGACUCUCUCACCUCACCCAGGACCCCGUCAUCGGCCCCUGUUGGCCGGCUCGCCGGCGCUGCUGCCGCUCGGGGGAUCUCGAUCGACACGGCGCUGGGCCGCAAGGACAGCGCGGCGCCGAGCACCGGCGGCCUGCUCCGCCCCUCCGCGCGGUACGCCGGCCUGGCUGGCGACACUGCUGCCCAGGCAUCGCCUGGAGUCCCGUCGUCGGCCCGCCCGCGCGGCCUCACAGUCGCGAUCCUCAUGGGCGACGGCGAGAUGGUGGCAGAGAGCGCGCCCGUGACUCCUAGCCUCGCCUCGGGGGGCGUUGGCGCCCAGCGCUCCGCCCUCCUUAGCGCCGCUCCUGGAGCAAGCGAGGUGGCGCCUGAUUCACGAAGGAAGCAGAUCAUCCUCUGCAGGUACUACCACACGCCUGGGUUGACGUGCACUUCGCGACCUUGCCGUUUCGUGCACUCGCUCGAGGCGCUGAAUCUCAGCAAGGAGGCGGGUGUCGACGUUGGCCACCUGCCCAUGCUCUCGCCGCGGACGGGACUGCGCGCCGUUUCGUCGUCGUCCGAAGUCGGGGAGGACCCCACACGCGGGACCUUUGCCCUCGCCCAGUCAACACAGCCCGCCGUUCCCCACGUCGACGAGGACGCCUCGGCCGUCGAGCCGGGUGGAGCCGUGGUCGUGAGGGACGCCGCUACCGGGGACGAGGUGGUCGGAUUCGUGUUCAAAAUGAGUGGCGGAGGCAAGGGCCCGUCAGGCAAGUCACGCGCAAAGUAUAAGACCGUGCCGUGCAAGGACUUUGCGGAAGGGAACUGCCCAUACGGCGACUACUGCUCCUUCAUUCACGACGCGGACAACCUGUACGACCCAGCAAAGCACGACAAGGCUGUUCUCGCCGCCUCUGCUGCCGAACCAGCCCCACCGGCCCCUAGUGCCACGCACAAGAACAAGGCCAACGGGCGGAGUGCGCACAACAGGGCACCCUCCACCAACAAGCCCCCUUCGGACAAUGGCAGCUCAACGCUUACUUAUUCCCCGCCGGUGGACGAGGUGCUCACGCCCGUCGACGAAGAUACGGAAAUUACCAUCCCGUCCCUCGGUACCGUCGCCGCGCCCACAAUCCGCCACCCGCCACAGCGACGGCCUGAACGCGUCCACAUCCCAGACAACCGACAGCACCACCCCGUCCGCCCCCAGCCGAACCUGUACCGCGAGGAGCCGCAGAUGUGGGACCAGAACCAUGCAACGGCUGCCGCAGCAGCCCAGGCCCAGGCCCAGGCGCAAGCCAUGUCGCCCAUCUCUCCCGGCCCCAACACGGCCCCGUUCUACCACUACCAGCCUGAAAUGUGGUCGCCCGACUGGCCGCCGCCCAUCCCUCACCAGAUGAUGUGGCCGGCCAUGCAGGACUCUGCAGGCUUUGGCGCGUCUCCCACGUACCCAUGGGGCAUGCCAAUGUCGCCGGUUGGUAGAGUGGAGCCAGAGCCGCAGCCGGCAGUCCUGGUGCCGGCGGGCAUGGUGCCGCCCCAACCCAUGGCAGCGCCGAUGGUUCAACCACCACCACCACCUGCGCCACUGCCACCGCUGCCGCCGCCUGGGGCCGAUGUCGUCUGGACUCCGGGCGGCUGGGCGGUCCAGGAUGCGGGCAUGAAGUUUGCACUUCAUGAUCAGCAGCGCCCCAGCCACAUCCUGCCCGCGGCCCCCACAAAGUCCUACUACCGAACGCGGCAGUGCCGGUUCUUUGCCAGCGGUUACUGCCCCCAUGGUGAUGAGUGCGCUUACCUGCACACGGUGCAGCCACCGGCGCCGCAGCCAAAGGCCAAGGCCAUUCGGCCCAACAUUCGAACUGUCCCUUGCAAGUUCUUCAACUCUGCGCUCGGAUGCCAGCGCUCGGCGGAAGAGUGCAACUUUGCGCACAUCCGCGUCGUGCCCGAAAACGAGCCGAUUAUCGACAAGCCCCGCCCAUGGCGGACCCGUCCGUGCCGCCACUUCCAGCUCGGGAGGUGCAAGCUGGGCGACUCGUGCCACUUUGCCCACGUGUUGGAGGAGGGCGCUUCAGUCCCGCCGCCACCACCCGCAGCUGGUUCGUCCUCUGCAAGCGCCAGUGAUGGCGUUGUCGCGCGGCACCGGCGCGAGGCGAGCGAGGCCAACAUCAAGGACUAUGCGCACCUGUACCAGCGCGACGCGACGCCAACGACGGCGUCGGCGUUCUCGUCCGCGUCCUCGCCGCCCAUGAGCGCGCACGAGGGCCACGACCUGCUCCACACGCAGCCGUGUGCCGAGUGGGCGCGGACCGGCCACUGCGAGAACGGUGCCUGGUGCCGGUACAUCCACCCCGGCAGCGGCUUCAUUGGCGAGCUGACGGAUGCGAGCCUGACGGCGGAGAGCGUCGAGGGGGCGUGCGAGAGCCUGAGAGAGAAGAUCCGCGGCGGGAGUGUCAACACGCACAUUGAUGAUGACGACGAUGACGACGACGACGACGACGACGACGAUGUGGAGAUUGUUACGAUGGACACGCGCUCGGUGCCACCGCCGAGGCGUAGCAGUUCUUGAGUGUGUAUUAGUCUUUGUAGUGGUGGGUUAUGCCUCUCUUGUUCUGUCUGUCUUGUGGCUCCAGCAUAAUCCAAUAUCCUCUAUGCAUUCAUCGUUGUCCAUGA